AUGAAGCGAAAACGUACACCCCACGCGGGUGGCCCUCGGAAGAAGGCGCACCCUGUCGACCAAUCUGCGAGUGCCACACCUGCAGCCAUUGAGCAGCCUGUUUUGCAACGCUUCUAUCCGCGACUGCUUACGCUGCGCCACUAUCUCUUGUCAGUGCUCCCGAAAUCGUCGAGGAACAGGCAUCGAAGGCUUGCUCAUUUGGGGCGGCCAAUUGCAUCCAACAGAGCAGCGUCAACAAGUGAGCCUGAUGGUGAACUUGCGCAGCUGCUCGACUCGACGGUCAUCGGUGAAUGCAGGACAGCAAAGAUCAAUGACCAAGAACAACUCGUCAGGGACCGCAUCAGGGAUAUCGAGACUUUCACUCAGCAACUGUCUCCUGCCGUUUCCGGAGGCACCUUUGAGCCUGGCUACUUCAAGCAAGCGGAGAUUGUUGAUUUUGUGAUAUGGCGCCUCUUCAAACGCUCCUCGUCCCAUAAGCUUUCCCAUUUGCUUUGCCACGGGUUUGAGCGAUCUGCAUCAACAUAUCGACGCAACGACGGUCAUGGAGCUGACCCGUCCUCGAUACCUGGCGUGGUUGCGCGUCGCCCGAACAGCCAUGUGCUCGCACUGAAGGGGCCGUUGUGGUGUCGACUCCUUGCAGUGCUCGGCGAAGGAGGGGAUCGAUGGAUGAUGGAUAUGCUCACAGACUGUGCUAUAUUCUAUCCUGUCGGUGGGAAGGCUAGCAACUACUACCAACUGAGCGGCCCUCCCAUGUUCGACCUUGAGCCUAUUCCAGCGUCAAAGACGACCGUUACGCAGGCACACCCACAGGGUGGACCUGCGAGCAUGCUAGCUGAACCGCGAACACCGUGUGAGAUAGCGUUUGUGCGCAGUCGAAUGCUCUACGCCAAAGCAGCACUGAACGCUAAAGGAGGCAUCAGAUUUGGCAUGCGUCAUAUCCAUGUAUUGAAUCGCUUCCCGAGCCGGGACGACAAGCGGCAAACCGUGCAGAUUAUGCGAUACAUGUUUCCACGCCAAUAUGGCUUGCACAACGUUUUUACUUGCAAAACUGACAAGCGCGAGACUGCCAUGUCUUUCAAGGACUACACCCUGCGGGAGAAGGAGAUCCACCAGAAGAUGUGCAGGGACCUGGGCGACAAGGUCAGCGAUGUCAAUGAAGUGGCCAGGUGGAAGCAACGUGUGCCGAAAAGACUGCGAGGGGAUCUAGUGGCUUUAAUCAGCAAAAUGAGGAUACUCAACCAACGGUGCUCGUACGCGGAGCUGCUGCACCACUACUGUCCUGUCGAGAACACCCCUCUCUCGUCAAAGCCAGAACGGAAGAGACAUCGUCUCAAGCCUGGAGCGACUCGCCAGGCAGCGUUUACAGCCCACAAGACGAAUGCUGACCAGACAGCGGACGAAGCUUGCUUCACAGACAUGGCUUGUCCGACCGCGCAUGUCUCUGCUUUCUGCCGCGCUGUGAUCGCCAAAGUUGUCCCCAGGCGAUUCUGGGGCGACGAUGGCAACAGACGCACAGUCAUGCAGUGCAUUGAUCAAUUCGUAGGCCUGCGGAAGUUUGAGACCUUGACGCUCCAUGAGGUCACACAAAAGCUUCAGGUUACUGCUAUUCCCUGGCUCCAGCUACCUGGUCAGGAGGGUACCACCAAACUGGCGCGAUCUGACUUUGAGAAACGCAAGGAGCUCUUCCAAGAGUUCGUCUACUGGGUCUUCGAUUCGCUCCUGAUACCACUGGUCAGGUCAAACUUCUAUGUCACCGAGUCCAACGCGCACCGCAAUCGACUAUUCUACUUCCGGCAUGACGUCUGGCGUAUGCUUACAGAGCCGUUAUUGUCGACUUUGAGAUUGAACAUGUUCGAAGACAUGCCAACCGAUCGCGUGAACCGGUUGCUAGCUGCCCGUCCGCUCGGCUUCAGCAAGAUACGACUGCUUCCGAAAAAACAAGGCAUCCGCGUCAUCGUGAACCUGAAACGGAGACCGCAGCUGACACGCUAUGGCGCUGUGACGCUUGGGAGAAGCAUCAAUUCAGUGAUGACACCUGUAUUCAAUGCAAUCAACUACGAGAAGACCAUUCGGCCUGACAAACUCGGCUCGUCACUCUUCUCGGUCGGCGACAUGUUUCCCAAGCUCGAGGCCUUCAAGGCCUCUUUGCGAGCACAGGGUCUGCAAGACAAGCAGCUUUACUUUGCAAAGGUUGACGUCGUGUCUUGCUUCGACACAAUCCCCCAAAAACGAUUGCUGAGUAUGGUGGACAGCCUCAUGUCAGCACAAGCCUAUCAGACUGGCAAACACGUAGAGAUCAGUGCACUGGGUGCCUUGCAACGUCUUCAUGGUGAGCACGUGAAUCCAGCACCGCGAAAGCGUUGGAUCUCGCACACUGUAGCUGGCAAGGACGCAGCAUCGUUCAGCCAGGUUGUACAAGACAAGCUGGUCGGGACGAAAAGCAAUACAGUUUUUGUCAACACCCACCUGCAGCAGCAGGAAGCCAAGGCUGAUCUGAUGCAUCUCCUACGCGAGCAUGUGGAGCGCAACCUCGUCAAGAUUGGCAAACGCUUCUUUCGCCAGAAGACGGGCAUUCCGCAAGGCUCCAUCUUGUCGAGUAUCCUCUGCAACUACUUCUAUGCUGAGCUCGAGCGCGAUGUGCUGGGAUUCGCUCUUGGUGGCGAUUGCCUGCUUUUACGCCUGCUCGAUGACUUUCUCCUAAUAACAGUCGAUCGUCAGCAUGCAGAGCGCUUCGUACGCGUCAUGCACCGCGGCCACGCAGACUAUGGUGUCCAGAUCAAAUCCGCAAAGUCCAUGACGAACUUCGACGUGGUCACUGAUGACGGUGUCCGGGUCCCCAACUGUAGCCCGGAAGUGAGGAAGAAUACUGAGCGUUCCACAAGGGCCGAUGUCGAGAACUCACUGACCAUAGAACUGUCGAAAGUCCCAGGACAGACACUCCAUCGAAAAGCGCUCAACGCAUUCAAGAUCCAGCUGAAAGCCAUGUUCAUCGACCCAGCCUUGAACAGCGUGUCGACAGUACUAACCAAUUUGCACCAAAGCUUCCACGAAGCGGCGGUGAGGUGCCUCGAGUACGUGCGCAUGCUGGCCAAGAUGCGGACAACAUGUUCAAGCUUGCUUAUCAGGACAGUCGACAGCAUUAUCGCGCUGGCUUUCGUGAUGGUGCAGCGACGUGCGCGUUCGCGCAGCGAGGCACGACUUGUGCAUGCACAAAGCGUCAUCUCCCGGCGGCAGCUCCAGUGGCUCGCUUGCAAAGCGUUCUACACGGUGUUUCAGCGCGCACAGACAAAGCAUGGUGCUUUGCUGGCAUGGCUACGAGGGUCGCUCAAGGCGGCGCGCGUGUCUGAUGCAGCGGACAGAGAGUUGCUCGAGGCGGCUGCUAGUGCUUGGCAGCGCAGAUAA